CUGUUGAAAUAUUUUUCAAUCAGGAUUGCACUCUUUACACAUUACAAUUUAUACAGAAAGGAAUUGUGACAAGGAAGGACCAGUUCUGAUGCAGGUAGAUAAGACAAAGGAGAAAAAAAAGAAAUAGAAACCGUGGCAUGCAUUACAGUCUUAGGUAAUUGUGUGAAAUCAGUGGGUAGGGAAAUGGCUCCCUUCAUGUUGGAUUGAUCAGAGGAUGUUGUAAACACCCUCUAGAAGCCUUUAUCUAUCAGUCUAGUCCCAGUCUCUGUCCCUAACAAGUCUUUACAUGCACACCAUAAAGGCAAGUCCCAUAGCACCUUAUUAACUUGUUUAUCCUUUCCAGCUCUCUGUAUUCAAACUAAAUCACAUUAUGCAAUGAGCUGCUAUGAAAGCAAAUGAAAUGUAUUCUGUUUUUGCGUGCUCAAGCAUCUGUUCAAGAUCUCUUCAAAGACUAUUUGACCAAUUUAGGAUCAAUAUAAUGUCUUGAUUAUUUUCCCAUACAGCAAAAAGCAGCUUCUGCUGAGGUUAUGUUUAAAACUAUUGAGAUGCUGCAAAAAUCUGUGACUCAAAAAGUAGAUUUCAAUGCUUUGGGCAAUCUGAUCAUCUUCUCUACAGAAUUCAUUAUUUUUAGGAGGCAGGUGUAACAAGGUGGCCUUGACAUGUGACAGAUCUUGUCCUGUAGGGUAUUAGAACAUUUUCUGUUGAAAAGUCUUCCUUCCAAACUGCAGCAUUCAAAUGAUUCGAUCAUUUGUAACUUUUUCUGGGGGAAUGAAAAAAAAAAAAAAAAAAGCACAUCUCAGCUAUGUUGCAUGACAUGUAUUUCUAUGGGAAAAGGAAAGAUACAGUUACUAUGUAAACAAAAGAAAAACAAGAAAAUCUCACUUGCUCAUCUGAGCUCAUCACCAGCUAAAUACAAUUUUGAUCAGUUCUCCCAUCAACAGCAAGAUCUGCUCUGAUAGAAUUUACCAUAAAAGGAGAUUUGGGGGUUUACUGUUAUCGAGGGAUUGACUAAAUGUUACAAUAACAACAAUGAAUAGAAACACAAACUAUUUGAAACUGUUGAAUUCAGCAAGCAUUUGUUUUCUAAAUGUGUAAUAAGUCCUCUGUGGCUGUCAUCAGAAUGGCUCCGAAUGAUUUAUUUCAUGACUUUGUUCACAGAGUCAGUUCAUAUAAACCUAUUUCCAGCAUUAAUGCAUUCCAAAAAAUGCAGAAUGAGGGCAUACACUGGGUGUAUCCCAGGUCAUAGCACAAAAUUAACCCAACAAGUCCAAGAAAGAAGCUCAAGAAGGAAGGAAGGCUGUCAUCCACUUCUCAUUAGUAUAUUUUAGGAGAACAAAGAGAUUGAACUUAGCUUUUUAGUUGUUGGAGGCUGAAUUCAGUCACUAAAAUAUCCCAGUUCUACAAGCAAUAUUCAGGAGUAAGCAGCAGUUUACCUGCCUGAAGUGUACUAUGGAAAUGGAUCUUUGCAUUGUUCUGCCAAGCAUAGCACCAUGGGUGUAAGAGGCUUUCUUCAAAACAAAUCACGGAUACUGCAUGGGUAACAAAAUGUCAUCUGCAGUAACAUUAGAAAAACUCCCAGUUCUCCUUGCAGACGGGCAAAAUACGCUUGCAUGCCAGGCAAAGGCAGGUUUAUUAAAAGGAAACAUUUAAAAAUAAAUUAACAUUAAAUUACACUACAACAAGAAAUUUAACUAUUUCAAACUAGUUCCCAUCAAAGAUAAGUGGUAUAUGCUUGAGAAAAUGCAAAGGUAUAUUUCAGAAAUAUUUAUGCAAAUACAGAAAGAGCAACAGAAAUUUGGUUAUAAACCUGACAAGAUGAAUAGAAGGUGUCAUUAACAUUUGCUCCAGCAAUGUGAGCCAUGGGUUCUUCCUCCUGGGGGAAUCACAGAGGAAAAUUGUAAACAAAUAUUUCUGCUCAGCAUCAUAAAAUAAAUUCUCAGUUCUGUAUUCAGUCCUGAAGAUAUUGCCAGGCAACAGGAAAUUAUUGCUAUAUCUUGAGAGAAUUCCUCGAAUUUGUUAUUUUUAGGUCAUCCAUCAGUAACACAAUGCAAAGUUUUGACUAGGUUUUAUAUUCCAAUGAGCCCAUACUUAAAGUAAAACAGAAGUCCAGAAACUUCAGCAGAGUAGAAAACAAAUUCAUCUCUGUAAUCCACUAAAAUCUGUAGCUACGAAUUGGUAUCGAUCAGUAUAUUGUUUAAAGGAGAUUAAGAGUUUGAUCAUGUCCUUGUAAUGCUGCUCUUCCAACUGCCUCUUUCAGAACUUUGAGAGCCAUCUCUGCGUCAAAGUUUUCACAUGCUCUGGACACACUAUCACUAGCUACAGGAACUCCGUGUGCAGCCCAUGCAUGGGCUACAGCACAACUUCUAGACAGGAGUCUGCUUUGAAUGGCAAAGAAACUACCAUAGCCCGUGGCAAAUUCACCCAAUGGAUAACAACAUUUGCUGCUAAAAGAACCCUGCUGCUGCUUCUUUCUUGAAGUCACAGCUUCCAGUGACUUGCUAUGACUUGACACUUGCUGUAUGUUUUGCUACUAUGUCAAUUUCCUUUUUUUGCUUAAAACAUUUUCAGAGGAAAAGCUCUACCAGAAGCUAUACAUUUGAUGCAGGGUUAAUGAAGGGUUUUAUGAACUAUUUACAUGUAUGUGUAUACCAUACGAUUGCCAUAGUCUUCUUUACCUUCUCGGCUUUAAAAUCUCAUACAGUGAGCUCUGUGUAAGUAACAAUGACUUCAAACACUUCCUUUAAAAUGUAAAUGCAUUCAUCGUCUUUGAACACUAAACUAUUAUCAAUUUGGCAUUGUAAAUGGUGCUUUUAAAUAUUAAACAUGAUCGACCUCUUUAGCAAUACUUCGUUUGCCACUGGCUAAAAACACAUUUCCAGCCAGAUUUUUCAGCUGAGCUGACAAGGAUAAUUUGUCAAACUAUGGCUCACUAGGACACUUUCCAUACCCACCAGUUGCAGACAUGCAACAGACAUAAGGGCAUGUAAUUAGUCUGAGCCCAGCUUUUAAUCACUAUACACACAAGAAAUUGCUGUCCCUGUGUUGGUACACACUUGGAUGGAGAGCUGGCCUUGGUGAAGGGGGGAAAUUAGGGAAAGCAGAGACAAUGACAGAAAGAAAAUAGGAAGGAAAGGACAAAGCUGCAUGAUGCUUCAAGUAACAUUCGUCAAUUGCAUAUAGACUGUAAUGCCUCAGAAAGACCCAAUUAAGGCAAUGGAAAUACAGCAGUUAUGCAGGGAUGAAUCAUCUGACCCAAAAUAGAAGCACAUAAGAGAAGAAAGCAUGUCAUUUUAGCUUUAACAGUAAAAUAAUUCUAGCUAUAAUCUUCCAAAAAUAUUUGGCCAACAGAAACCUGGUCGUGCACCUAUCGCUCAACAUCAACUGAACAUUGGUGCACUCUUUACCUUGCCCGAAACCAGGACAUGACACAUAGUGUAGUGCCAACUCAAGUUCUGGCAAAUAAUCUUAUGCCCUUUAAUACAUUGGCUUGGCAUGCAGGCGCCUGGUCAUCGCUGACAAAAACACAGAGCUAACAGAGGUGACAAAAACAGUGUUUUUGUAGCUAAGAAUUUGCUCUAUCAAACAGUGUUACUGUGCUCAUUGUAUCUGUUGCAGUUUCCAAGGAAAAAAAACAGGAGGUAUUACUUUUGGAGCCACCUAUACCCAAGACAAUAAUUCUUUACUCAGUGUCACCCAGGCAAGCCAGAAGGUUGGUCAUCCAUGUACUAAUAGAGGAAAUGAGACCACAAGCUAGCUCCCAUCACAGUGUGUCUACAGCAGGUGCAAAGCAAUGGAGAAAGUUUCCAAGGCAGAGAGCCUGCCUAUAUUCCUAAAUUUACAGCCCAAGUUUAAAUGUAAAAAUAUCCAGUUGAAGGGGAGAAAGAAGAUGCCCAGGCAGCUGAGCAGUAUGCCAGGGAGCUGAAGACAAAGCUCCUGUUCCACAUCAUACCUACCUGCAGGUGUUUGGGAGCAAGCAUAGCAUUCCAGCAACCUCAGCAUCUGCUGACGAGACUGGAGAGUCAGAUUCUUCAACCACUGAUGUCAAGGUUUAAGACUUGCUCUAAACCACUGCAGCCUACUGCCUCUUCUAGUCUGGAAAACACUGAGCUAAUCUCCCCUGUAAGGAAGCCAGGCUCCAGCAGCAAUUACCCUGUAUGCCAUUCUGACAACAUGACAUUCUCUACGUAGAUCUGCUUUUUUUCACAAGCGGAAAAUUUGGUUUUUUUCCACCAGAUCUUUUCCAUCAGUGAGCACCUCUUUUGUAUGUAAAGACAACCUCAAUACUAUUGUGUGUUACUUUGGAAAUAUGAAGAGAUCUUAACAAGAGAACAACCACAUACAUUGUAGACACAACAGCUAGGGCUCUCUAUGCUGCUUUAUGUCUCUCAGCAUUUUCUAUGCUUUAAAUGAGCUGUCUGGUAAGUGCCCUCAUCCUCUAACUCAGUGUGAGAUUGUAUCAGCUUAAUCUUAAAGCCAAAGACUUUUGGGUUCUGAGCCCUCACACGUUAUAGCUGGUCAAAUGUCUUCUCCUAUCUACAGUACAGACAUACAAACAACACAGUGUACAAAAUUAGAGAACAGUUUAAGGCAAAAAUUUCUCUGCAUCUCCUGUUUUUUUGUGUGUGUGUGUGUGGUGAUUCUGUUCAACUUCCUAAUUUUUUGGAAAAAAAAAAAAAAGCCCAACAAAAAACCAGUUAGUUACUCAGUAACUUGUGGCAGUGCACAUCACGUGUACCACAGUGCUAAGACUUCACUGCAGUCAGCCCAAAAGCACACCACCUGUGAGGUGGAAGUCCACAGUUUCAGCAGAAUCAGCACUUACACAUUGUGCACCGAGAUACAUGCAGUACCUGUGCAUUUGCACGUUAUAAUCCUUCUGCAGGCUCAGGAACUGAGGUCUUCCAUUCCACAUUUCCAUUUCACUGACUCCAGCUCACUGACUUUCUGACUCUGACAAGAAGUGAGGAUUCAUAGUGGGAGAUGUGCUACCUAGUUAGCUCUGUAGAGAGCUCCCUUAGAUCUUCAAACCUUGAUUAAAACUUCGGGUAGUUUGGCUAAUGCACAAGUGUAAGAGUUUGGGGAUUUUCCAGGACAGCACAAAGAUGUAGUAAGAAGUCACCAGAUUGUGAAGAGCCUUGCAACAAAAACAACAUGGGGGAUUUUACCAAGUGAGCUGUUUCCAAUCAGAAACAUUUCUCCUGUAGAUCUCCAGCAAGCAUUCCAGUUGUACUGGUGAUGUGUGGUCUACAGUGAUGAUUCCUGUCAACAUAACUGUAAGACUGUAGCUUGAUGGAAAGCACAGUGAUAAUAGCAGAGUGGCAAAGUCCUAGGCUGCAGCAAGUGAGGAUAAGUCCAAAUGUAACAGCCGUAGAUACAGAAACAAAAGAAAAAAGCUGUUUACCCUUAGAAGGCCACAGGUAGGCAGGGAACUCCUGCAAGAUCUUCUUAUCUCCAUUACCAACCCUACAAUGAGGUCUGGGAAAGGAUGGAUGCUGGGUCCAUCCCUUCUGGUCACUCCAGUUCAUUUCAUGCAUCUGAGCUCCACUGGUUUGUCCUGCCUUCCCACCAGGGACUCAAUCACUGGUUCUGGCUGUAACUUAGCAUUUCUGCUACAAUAACCAAGGGAAUAGUGUUGGAAGUGACAACAUUUGUGCAACUGAGGGGGGGGGAAGACAACUGUGUGAUGGCACGGCCAAGUUUUGCCUCUCCAUAUUCAGCAUUCAAAAUGCCUUGUAAACAUAAUAGUCUGUAAACACAUAUACAAGCACACCUCUCAAAUAUAAAGUAACACAUCCCAGCCAGCUGACCCUUAAGCAAGAUACUUCUGCUAGAGAGGCAAUCAGCCUCUCUUGUCCAUAUAUAAUUGGCUCAUAUACAAUGAACUGCCACAGGGAAGUUGGGGGAAGAGCAUCGCAUUUGCAGAAAGGCAGGUCAUGUGAAAAGACCUCUUCCAGAGCACUGGUUUUGUACUCCCUGGCCCUCCCACAGAUUUCAGGCAGUCAGAACUGGAAAGCAUUUCAAAAUAAAUCCUCUUUCUGGUUUCGUCACACACGGGAUGUAAAUUGAUGGUAUAGAACUGACAAUAAGAAUUUCAGCCAGUAGCAUAAACACAGAGACAUCAAUAAUUCGGUGUCUGUUUAUUUUUGCUAUGCCACUUGACCUUCCUACUCAGAAAGGAAUAAAUCAGUAUUGAGAUGCCAUCAGCAAGAUUGCAUGGACCAUAAAACUGCAAAAGCUGACCCUUAGUUGUUAUAGGGCAGUAUUUUGUAUUCACAGCCAAAAAGCAAGUUUCAGUUUCUGAUCUCAGACUAUGGUCAUAGCUUUAUACUGAACAAAAAGGCACUACAUCCAUUUUAAAGUUGAUAUAGAUUGCAAACUCUCCUUGAAAUGUGUAUUUUGUUGUCUUAGGAGCAGCAUGUAAACAUCCAAUGUGAAAUAACCCAGUGAGACAACAGCACCCUCAGGUAUAGUGCAUGUGACAGAUUUAAGCUGCAUAAAAUAAUAUUGAAAAAUGCCAUAUAGCAACAUCUCAACAUUUCAGACAUUGUUUGAUCAAGCAAUCAAAUGCAGACAAUUUCUCUGUAAGCCAAGUUUUGCUUCCUGACUUCUGGAUUUUUAUUUAAUUGGAAGUUACCACAAAUCUUUUCUAGCAUUCAGAUGAAGUCUACUCAAAUGAAAAAUAAUGCGUUCAUCAUACUCUAAUUUUUUGGGGCAUCUUAUCAAUGCACAAACACAUUAGUAACAAGCACAAGACACUUCAUUUUGCUUUGCUUUUCUUCAUUUGGCAUCAACAUAUGGAUAGAAUUAUGGAAUAUACUUGCCAUAUCGUCUGUCUUUCCACUGGCUCUUUCAUGAGUUUCUAUACAUACAGUUGGCUUAAAAUAAAAAGCCAGGACAUACACAUGUGUAACUAGGAAAUCCAAGCUACUUUAUAAACCUGUCUCACGCCCGUCUACUGUAAUCAGAAUACUCUGCAUUUUAUUUUUAGAAGACCUGAGAAACCAAACUCCAGCUGAAGUUAACCAGAGCUGUGAAAACUGAUAACACAAAACCACUCCCUAUCUGUUGCAAACAACAAAUUGUGUAUUUCAGUUGUUCUCAUGGUUUUCAGUCAGCAUACUUUUAAAAGUAUCCACGAAUGGCUUACUAGUCUGAAAUAAAGAUAAAUUAUUCUUUUAAACAACUACUGCCGUGCUGUGACCAUCUAUCUGCUUAGAGAAUGAAUGUCCUAAUAUUCUGAAGCUUACUCUUCUCUGAAUCAUUGUUUGACCCAUGGAACUAUCUAUCUCCUUUUUAAAUAGGUAUGUACCUCUUCCUAUUGAGCAGUUUUCUAUGGUAACAUUAUCUACCUUGUCAUUAUCUGGCAGCUUUUAUCUGAAACUGCCCGAGCUGCUGGGCACGUGGAUUCUGAGUGGAAAAUAUUAACUAGAUUCUGCUAUCUGCAGAAGAAUGAGAGGGAUAGCUAAAAUAGCUUGAAAACUGGCACUCAGAAAUUGCAAUACCAUGGGUGGAGACCCGAGUUUUACAUCAGAUUUUAUUAUAGUUAUUUUCCUGUUAUAAAUUUAAAUCUCCAGAAAGAGUUUCAUCUGCACACACCAUGCUUAACACAGUUUACGGAAACUGUGAUUUUUGUACUAUGGUCGUUACAUAUCUUUCUACCUAGUUGUCAGUCUGUUCCAUUCUCUGACUAGUGGUAGCGUCAGCAUUUCUGUGACAAGAACUGACAGGUUCUUGCUAGCAAGAAUAAGAUCUCUUUCUACCUAUUAACAGCCAUUAUGGCAAGUUUUAUAUGACAUAGUAAAAAUCAGAAAUAAAACUUUUUCUUUUUCAUGGACAGCUGUCAACAGUGAGAAACAAUGCAAUGACGUGGAAAAUUAUGAGUGUAUGGCAAGAUGUAAGUUACCUGUGUUUUGGCAGAAUAUUUGAAAUCAAUUAAGGUAGACCUUUAGUAUUUCCAGGAACAUUUGCAGCAUACCACAGUGGCAGAGAGGAAGUGAUUCACGUGGCUGUUUCUGUGCUACACUUCCCAGUGAUUCAGGAAGCUCCAGAGGGAGUGUGGAGCAGUCAGCAUGCUCUUCAGCACCAGCAAGCUGUCUGGGUGCCAGCUGAGAAAGCUGGCACUUUUUUAGAAACAAAUUAACUCCCUUUCUAAUACUUCUCCUUGCAAUAAUUCCAGAUUGUUGUUUCUUGGAAACAACAAAGACAUCACAUUCUGGCCCUCGCAGUACUGUAUUUCUGCUAUUACAGCAGCUACAUGAGAAUGGUAAUGUUGGAGAAGCCACAGUGGCAGCAGUGUAUCCUGAAGUACAUGUGGCAUACAUACACAGAGUAUAAAAAGGCCCUUGGAGUACAGACGGUCAUAAGACUCAAGAAUCUACCAAGACAGAAAAAAAUCUUACUGCUCUACAUAGUCAAAGUUCCCCCACCAAAAUGAAUCAGUCACACCGUGUGUCAUUCCUUCUGAUGUCUGUUAUUUAUCCUUUCUCCUCCAAAACCAGGUGUUCUCAGCUGCUGGUAUAUGGGUGCUUACAGGUAUCUGAGAUGCAUCUUUAGCUCUGUAAAAUAAAAUAACCUGAUGCCAUUAGUUUUAAAUUAAUGACACGGGAAUCAAACCUUCACUUAAAAAAUUUCAGGGGUCUGUAGAUCAAAAAUAAUUUUGAAACUAUAGAUCUAGAAAAAUACAGCCUAGUUCUAGGAUAUGACCUUAUUCCAAAUACUUUUAUAUUGAAAAUGAAAUAAACGUCAACAUAAAAAAACUGUACAGUGUAUGCAAUUUGGCCCUAGAGUACAGCACUUGCAUCCGAGAAGGAUAACUUCCUAUACACACACAUACAAUCAAUGCUAAGUGUUUUAGUUUUCAAACAUACUUUUCUCAUACAAAGUCCACGUAUAAUCACCUAUAUUUUUCAUAUAGUUUGCUUUCUGUUUGUGUUUUGCAGUAGUUCUGAACAAAGUCCCAGUGAUUGAACUUGCUGGCAAGAAUCGACAGAACUUAAUCUGAGCAGCUACUGGAUACCCUGAAUGGAAAGCAAACCUUAUACUCAACAAACAUGCACCUGGUAAUAACAGCUGCAACCAUGUAUAUGUAGAUGAAAAAUAUAUCAAAGUGUUUCAUCAAACCACUUAAAAUUAGAACUGUUUGAAAUCAUAAGUUUAUAACCACGCUAUUCAUAAAGAAUGAGAAAGUGUUCAAACAACUGUGAACAAAUAUAUUUGAAAAAAUUAACCUACUUAAGAGACAGCUUAAACCUCACCUAACUCUAACUCACUAAUUCCUUGUCUACAUUUAAUUAAAAUUAAGAAAACUCUGGUUUACAGGGAAUUAAGUCAUCAAACAUUGUUAAUGAUUUUAAGUCAAUGAGAUUCAAACAUGACACAGAGGUGGAUAUUAGGAAAAAUUUCUUCUCAGGAGAAGUGGUGAGGCACUCCCUGGAGGUGUUCAAGAGCAGUAGAGACGCGGCACUGAGGGACAUGGUAAGAGGGCACAGUGGUAGUGGAGUGAUGGCUGGAUUAGGUGAUCUUAGAGGUCUUUUCCUACCUUAAUGAUUCCAAGAUUCUAUGAUUCUAUGAAAUACAGUUCAACUAAGUCUUAUGUCCCUUGAAACCACAAAACCCUUAAGAACCAUCUUCAAAAUUUUCUCAAAAUCACAAAGUCACAGAAUGGCUUAGGUUGGAAGGGACCUUAACGAUUAGCUAGUUCCAAGUAUAUAUCUACUUAAGGACUAUAGAAACUAGCUGCUCUCUGGUACCAAUAUUAUGCCAGCAGGCUCUAUUUUAAUAACUACACUUUCACUAGGUAUUGGCAAAUAAAAAGCAUUGAUAACAGCUCCACAUUAAAACAUAUUUACACAGGUGUGAAGGUCACACAGACCCUGCAGCAUGCAGUUCUUCAGCAGGGUAAAUGUGGAGUGGAUGUUCUCCAUCUGUGACACAGGCUCUUCUGGAGAGCGGAGGAUGAGAAAAUAAUUACGCAAGGCUGGUUUGUUUCUACUUGGCGGAGAAAUAACUGCAGACAUCUGAAAAGCAUUAGCAGGGCCUUGCUGGAUGGAUGAGCUCAGGUUGGUUUCACAAGCACUUCGCUGGCAGAGUCAGUGCAUCCUCCUUUUACAAGCAGCUUAAGAAGUUUGCACCACAACCAAAAAGAGCUCACAGUGGCAAAAAUUGUGUCUGGAAAGGGAAGCGUUAGGCUGGAACUGCUGAGGUGCAUGGACAUUUUUCGUAAUGGGGUUUUCUCUCAUGAGGUUUAGCCCACUCGUGUUGAAUCUUUGGGGGAAACAAUAAGUUUCAAUGCGGCACUAAACGAAUUACAGAGAGAUUCUAGUAGCUACCUCAUAGUAUUUGUGCGGCAUAUUUAAAAGCAACCAGCGCGCGGAUUAGAUGUUAAUCUCCAGAAACUGAGCUGUCUUUAAUGAAGAGAUAAUGGGCCAGAUUAGCUUCUAAAAACAAAACAAAACAAAAGAGAGAGAGAGAAGUUUGGUAAUUUUAAAUUUUAUUUAAGAGGAAACUCCUGAGAUGUUAGCGCUUGUAUUUUUACACGCACACCCUUCUACGAGUAGGUAAUUCACGGCGGGCAAUCCCAACGAGACGCCGCUUCACGCAGCCCCUCAAGGCUUUCGGAGGUCCCUCAGCACGGCUCCACACAACCCGACCCCAGGGCCCCGCCCUGCCUCUCGGCAAAACGAGCAUUACAAGCCGAGUGCGUGUUUGUGUUUGCGUGUGGGGGGAUGGGGAGGGGGGAGCAGCGCUGCACCCCCACGCACCGCCCCACAGCCUCUGCCUCAGUUUCCCUCGCGCGGGCGGACGACCGUUAAGCAGCCGUUGGGAGGGAGGGGGCUCGCGCCACGCCGGGCUUUGCAGGAGAACCGCCGCGGCGAGCGCCGCCCGCAGAGCGAGCGGCUGAGUAGAGGAGAGAAGAGGGGAGGGGCGGCGGGUGGGGGAUCCCCCGUCGCCGUCCCCAGCCGCUGCCCUCCCCGCCGCGCCGGCGCCUCGCCCCCCGCUCUGCCGGCGGCCAAUCGGAGCGCUGCGCACGUGACGAGCGUUCCCUUCGAUGACCUCAUCCCUGGUGUGGGAUGACGUCAAAUUCAAGAUGGAUGGAAUCACGGCGGUGGCAGCAGCGCGCGCGGGCGAACCGUGAACGGCGGCGCCGAGGGGGGCCGGCAGGGGGGGGCGCGGCCGGCGGCGGAGCGGGAACAUCAGAAUCAUGGAGGGGCUCUUGCAUUACAUAAAUCCAGCACAUGCCAUUUCACUUCUAAGCGCACUGAAUGAGGAACGUCUAAAGGGACAGCUAUGUGAUGUUGUUCUUAUAGUAGGAGAUCAGAAAUUUCGAGCUCAUAAAAACGUUCUAGCUGCCAGCAGCGAAUACUUCCAGACUCUGUUCACAAAUAAGGAGAAUGAGUCUCAGUCAGUGUUUCAACUCGACUUUUGUGAACCAGAUGCUUUUGAUAAUGUGUUAAACUACAUUUAUUCUUCAUCCUUGUUCAUAGAGAAAGGCAGUCUUGCAGCUGUGCAAGAACUGGGCUACAGCCUUGGAAUAUCCUUUCUUACAAACAUUAUUUCUAAGAGCCCUCAAGCUCCUUUUCCAUCUUGCCCCAGUAAGAAGAUACUGUAUCAAGAUGAAGAUGAAAGUAGUUCUCAGAAGAGGAGUGUCAUUGUCUGUCAGAACAGAAGUGAAGCACAAGGAAAGAGUGUAAAUCAAACGCAGCAUGAUUUAAGCCAUACUUCUAAACCUUUACCCUCUGCUGCUAUGAAAACUAGCAUUAGACCACAAGUAGCAAAGCCAACUGAAACCCUUCACAGUUUAUCACUGACUGAAAGGAGAUGGCUGAAAGAAAACUCUGGGAGCUAUACCAAGUUUCAUGAAACUUGUGGAACUGCAGAGGAUCAGAGCAGAGGUGGUUUAGUGAAAAGGAACAUGGUGUUGCCUCAAAAACCUUUAGCAGAGAAAGAAAUUGCAAGUGAUGAACCAGGAAGCAGUAGUCAGCUUUUAAGAGGAAAGGCUGCAGAGUUAUUAAAAAGACCACGUCCGCCAGUCUUAUCUCUGUGUGCCUCAUCAGAAUCUGCGUUUUUGUUACGAGAGGCAGGAAAAGGAAAUGGUCAAAGUGAAGAUAGGAAUUUGCUGUACUACUCUAAGUUAGGACUAGUAAUCCCAUCUAGUGGAUCUGGUCCUGAAAACCAAAGCAUUGACAGAAGUGGUCCACUCGUAAAAAGUCUCCUUCGAAGGUCACUGUCUAUGGACAGCCAGGUUCCUAUUUAUUCACCUUCUGUUGACCUAAAACCUUCACAGGUAUCAUCUUCCUCCUCACCAGGAACUACUGAUUCCCAGAAGAUAUUUAAUGUUGCAUCCCAAAAGUCAUGCUUGAAAGAGUCAUCAGAGAAGUUAGUCUUAGACGAAAAGCCACAGGUAAUGCACCCACAUCGCCUUAGGUCUUUCAGUGCCUCUCAGACAACUGAUAGGGAAGUUUCUUCCCCUCUCACAGAGGUGCGAAUAAAAACUGAACCUAGCAGUCCACUUUCAGAUCCAUCUGAAAUAAUAAGAGUUACAGUGGGCGACGCAUCAGUAUCUACAAAUAAAGACUUUCCUUUUAAAACUGAAGAUGAUCAUAAGGAACCAAGUAGACUUCCAGCAAAAAGGAGAUUUCAAGCCGAUAGAAGGCUACCAUUCAAAAAACUCAAGGUGAAUGAAGAGGGUUCUCCCGAAUCAGAAGAAAAUUUUGAGGAAGGCUCAAGCCCUACGCACCUUGAUGCUGAUUUUGCCGAUUCUGAUGUCAGUAAAGAUGAAUACAGUGAAAUGGAAGAAGCAAGACCAAAUAAAAAAUUUAAAUGCAAACACUGCCUUAAAAUUUUCAGGUCAACAGCAGGUCUUCAUCGUCAUGUUAACAUGUAUCAUAAUCCAGAGAAGCCCUACGCUUGUGACAUAUGCCACAAGAGAUUUCACACAAAUUUCAAAGUGUGGACACACUGCCAGACACAACAUGGAAUUGUCAAGAAUCCCUCACCAGCUUCCACUUCUCAUGCUGUUUUGGAUGAAAAAUUCCAAAGAAAACUGAUCGAUAUAGUGAGAGAGAGAGAAAUUAAAAAAGCUCUAAUAGUUAAACUAAGACGUGGCAAGCAAGGUUUUCAAGGACAGUCUACUUCACAAGCACAACAAGUCAUCAAAAGGAAUUUAAGAUCAAGAACCAAAGGAGCCUAUAUUUGUGUCUACUGUGGAAAAGCUUAUCGUUUCCUCUCACAGUUCAAACAACAUAUAAAAAUGCAUCCAGGGGAAAAACCAAUUGGAGGAAAUAAGGUUCCUAAGCAGAAAGACCAUAUUCAUAUUGAAAGUCCUGUAGAAAACAAGGAAGUUUAUCAGUGCCGUCUCUGUAAUGCCAAGCUCUCUUCACUUAUUGAACAGGGAAAUCAUGAGCGACUCUGUAGAAACGCUACUGUCUGUCCUUACUGCAGCCUUAGAUUUUCAUCCCCAGAGCUGAAGCAUGAGCAUGAAAGCAAGUGUGAAUACAAGAAGCUUACUUGUCUUGAGUGUAUGCGCACCUUCAAAUCGUCCUUUAGUAUUUGGCGUCAUCAAGUUGAAGUUCACAAUCAGAACACUAUGGCUCCGUCAGAGAAUUUUUCUUUACCUAUCCUGGAUCACAAUGGAGACAUAACUAGUUCAUCAAGAUUGCCUCCUCAAUCAGAAUCCAAUAAAAUAAACAAUUUUGCUGCAAAGGAAGACGGAGUAUUCAGUGACUCGUCAGAACAGAUUAAUUUUGAUUCUGAAGAUUCCUCUUGCCUGCCUGAAGACUUAAGUGUUUCCAAGCAGUUUAAAAUUCAAAUCAAGGAAGAGCCUGCAGAUGACAUGGAGGAUGAGGUCACUGAGACAAGCAGAGAACCAAAGGAAGUAGUCUCCAACAAAGAUGCUGGUUUGUGGCCCUGUGAAAAGUGUGGGAAGAUUUUCACUGUACGCAAACAACUGGAACGUCACCAAGAGCUCUUAUGCUCUGUGAAGCCAUUUAUUUGUCAUGUGUGCAACAAGGCCUUCCGAACCAAUUUCCGGCUGUGGAGUCACUUCCAGUCCCACAUGUCGCAGGCUGCAGAGGAGUCCACAAAUAAGGAGCCUGAGGUAUGUCCACCAGCUAAUUCCCCAUCACCACCACCUUUACCUCCGCCCCCGCCACUACCCAAAAUCCAGCCUUUGGAGCCUGAUAGUCCAACGGGCUUGUCUGAAAGCUCCACUACUACUGAAAAAUUAUUUGUACCGCAGGAGUCAGAUACGCUCUUCUAUCAUGCUCCACCACUCUCAGCAAUCACGUUCAAAAGACAGUACAUGUGUAAACUCUGUCACAGGACUUUCAAGACGGCUUUUAGUCUUUGGAGCCAUGAGCAGACACACAAUUAGCUUUCAGAGAUACCUUAAAAAGCUGAUUUGAUGGAGGCUGUUUUCAGGAUCUCAGAUGUAUGCCAUGUAAACUUGAAAUUUAAGAGGAUCGAAACAACAACGAUGACAGAAGAUUCUAAAUUUGUGAUGCUGCUUGGAUUUGGAGAUUAAGGUAAACUAACUUUGUUAGUAGGUAGAAAGCUGGGUAAUUAGAGAUAAUAUGGACUGGGAUCUAAUAGUAACAGAAUAAUUUUGAUUUCAUUUAACACUGAAAUGCGAUUGCAUCUGGAUUGUAUGCAUGGAUCUUCAUCCUGUGAUGUUGGUGUGUGCGUGUGUAUUAUAUAUAGAGUUAUAUAUUAAAUGGAAGAGCAACAAAAAUUUGGAUUCUAACUGUGAGUUUAUAGUGGUGAAAUACUGUAACCAACUUCAUUGUUUGUUUGUUUGUUUGUUUUUUCUUAAAGAAACCAACACAGAAGCUCCAUAUAAAUAGCUGCCAUGCACUUGCAGUUAGAGAGGAAGUGGAUGGAGUGUCUUAAUGUAUUGACUUAGGUCUUAGAGAUCUUUAGCAAUAACGAAUAAACCUCACGUUUCAGUAAUCCCGAUAUUAUUGGAUACGAAUGUUUGAUAUUUUAAGGGAACAUAAAAUUGUUUUGUUGUUAUAUGGAACUUGUGCAAAUUAAAGUAGAAUUUAAAAUCAGCAAUAUUAUUAAUAAGAUUUUAUAUUAAAAAAAAAAAAUAGCAGCAAGCCUGCUUUCAGCCAUUUAAUUAUAAGUUUCUAAGGAGAAGUGGGGGGAAAGGGUACAUCGCUUUAUAUAACGUCCCAAAGACUAAUUUACUAUGAAUAUUUCAGUAACUAAAGUCAUUGUAUUGACAGCCAUCAUAAUGCAAAUGUUACUGUUUGUAAUAUGAACUAAGAUUGAAUGGAUGUCAGAUAAGUUUCAUAAUUUUGUUUCAGCUAUUUGUACAACUGUUUGUAAUUCUAACUGCAAAGGAAUGUAUAACUAUUAAGAAAAAAAAAAAAGAGCUUGGUAAGGGAUAGAAUAUGACUUGUGUUCCUACACUCAGUGAUAAGCUUGGCCAUGAGUACAAAGAUAAGUUUUAACAUAAAGUAAAAAUGUAAAUAUUUAUAUAGACAUCUGUAUAAAUGAAGAAGUAUGUAUUUGAAAUUUGUAUUAAGCGUGCAUAUCCAGCUCAAAGCAAAGGAAAAACCAUCACAUUGCUAUCACUGUAUUUUAUGAAUACAAUGCUUAGAAUAUUUCUUUCUGUUGCUUCCUAUCCUUUGUGGUACUGUGUUGCAGUUUUCAUAUCUGUUGAAAAUCAUGAGAAUAAUGUGCUGCAGAUACUUUGUGCAGUUCCAUUAUUUUACCACAAGUCACAACUGGAGCAUUUAGUAAAGGUAGAAUCAUAGAUAUUUACCAGAAACUACAGCAAGGGUCCAAAAUUACUUUAUUCAAGGAAAUGUUUACCCAGAAGUUGUGGUAAAUUAAGUGAAAAAUUGUUCUGCUGGAAUUUAAACUUCAUGGAGUAGUGCAAUGAACAGUGAGAACUUCAGUGAUGCAAAUGGUAUUUAUGAUUCUGACUAACUUUACUCUGGAAGGUGAGGGACUGGGGUUGCAAUCCACAUUAUCUAGUCAGAGCCCAGUCUUUGCUCGCUGAGAAGAGCAAGAGUUUGGUCACCAGUUUCAGUGGGAACAGGAGUGAGGCUUUCAUUCUAUUUGGCUGUAAUAGUGCUUUUUUUUUUUUCAGCAUCCUAAACUCAAAGUUAGAAAGUAUUGCUUGCUCAUACCAGCAUUUAGCAAAAAUAAAGCACCUGUGUAACUCUUCAGGAUCUGAGGACGAGCACCCUCAUUUAGGCACACACUGGAAAAGAUUUUUCUCAAUUGAAGUCCACGUGUGCCACUGUUAGUUUUUCCUAACAGAAUUUUUUAGUGUUUUUCCUUUAAUUAAGUUUAAAAAUAUAGGCUGUGUGGACCACCGACUUUCUUUUUUUAGCUACCAAAAAAAAAUGCAGUGUUUAUUUUCAAGCCUGUCAGUUCAUUUUUUGAUGGAAAUAUAAAAUUGUUGCUAAACAUUCUUUUUAUUCACUUUCAGGCAAACUUGAUCACAACUUAGUCAUGUUAACCUGUCACUAUCAGUUAAGUUCUUAAAAACCCUGAUAAGACUAAAUUUAUUUCUUACAAGAAAAGUCAAAUGCUUACUGCACUUAAGUAACCUGAUUUAACAAAAUGAGAAAAACAUGUAGACUUGCUAGGUGUGCUUUAAAUGUACUUAAGAAAUGUGUGCAUAGAAAAUAUGAAGAUGUUCUUGCAAACUGAUACCUAAAUUUUCACCAGUUAUUCCUCUUCCCAACAGCACAGUAGCUUAUAUCCAGCCUUUCAAAAAUCAGGGUACUUUCUAAAAGAAAAUGGCAACUAGUCAACUAUGUUACAUUCAUUGAACUUCCAAAUGGGAAUCUGAUACAUGGUGUGAUGAUUAAAAAAACCCCACACUUCAAAUCAAAAGCUCAUACAGUAUCUUUGAAGAAACGACCUUCUUCCUAGAACACUAUGUAUUAUAUUUAAAAAGAAAAAAAAGUUGGGUCUAAAUAAGCGUUUCUUCAGAUUUUCUUAAGUCUCUUUUUAACUUUAAGCGUGUUCUGUGUUUAGUUUUGUUUUUUAAAUUCAGUUCUUGCUUCGUAAGGAAUUAAGGAUAUCUGAAGUUUAAAUAUGAGAUGUUUAUAUAGUAGUUCUGGUUUUCUAUUAGCUUUUAUACAGUACCUUAAAAAAACCCUUGAUAGAAGUGUUUAUUUUGGAGGAUACGGAAUAAAUAUGCUUCCACUUAUAUAACUUUAAUAUAUGUUUAAAAAGUUAAAUUAUGGAAAAAAAAUGUUAGUUGUUUGUUUAUAAAUAUCUUCUGAAGAGUGUCUAGCUUGGCCACAGCCAAAAUAAAAGGCAAAUUUAUUGAUACAAAUACCUGUCCUCAUCAUAUUUUGUUUAAUUUUGUAAUUGUGUGCUGAAGUAAUGCAAAUAUAGAGCUUUUGCUAAAUACAAAAAGGGUUUUUUUCCUUUACAUUUGUGACAGGAAUGUGCAGAUGUUUUAAUAUAUAUAGAUUAGAAUUUUUACUUCUUUCUUUUUUUUUUUUUUUUAAUAGUUUGUCAUAUAAAUCUCAGAGAUCUAUACUGCUUCAGUGGGACUACAGUGAAAACUUCUGUUGCAUUUAAGAGAAGCAAGGUUGAGCCAUAAAAUGUAUUUUGGUUUGGGACUUGCUUUCCUUUGAGGCACUGUGUUGGCAAAGGUCUCAGCAUGUGAUUAAGUUCCAAAGAGAUCAGUCUUAACAUUUUUCUUAAAAACGUGCUUAGGUUUUUUUGAUAAAUUGGGACCAUGGUCACCCACUGAAAGUGAGAAAUGACGUAUAGGUUUAUUUUUUAUGUUCUAGAAUGAAAAGUUAAAAUGAGUUUUCCUCUGCAUAAAAACAGCAUGUACACCUAAAACAUAAUUCUGCAGUCUUACAAAAAUGAAGGACAUCAACCAGUAAUAAUCUACCUGAACUGCUGUAAGACCUUUUGAUAUGGUCCCCCACAAUGUUCUUGCCGCUGAAGUGAAGAGGUAUAUAUUUGAGGGUUGGACUGUUUGAUGGGUAAAGAAAUGGCUGCAUGGCCAUGUGCAGAGUUACAGUCAACAGCUCAUUGCCCAAGUGUAAGCCAGAAACAAGUGGUGUCCCCUGAGGAUCCAUAUUGGGACCAAUGCUAUAUAGUAUCUUCAUGGAUAGUGGGAUUUCACAGGGAUAGUGGGGUUGAGUGCACUCCCUGCAAGUUUGUGUAUGAUGCAAAGCUACUCAGCUUAUUUGGUUGAUAAUUUAAGAGGGAAGAGACGCUAUCCAGGGGGUCCUUGAUAGGUUUGAGGAGUAGGCCCCCUCGUGAAGUUCAGCAGGCCAAAGCAAAGUCUACUUUUGAGUCAAGGCAGUUUUCAACUUCAGCAUAGGCUGAGUGAUGACUGGAUUGAGAGCAGCUCUGAGAAGGACUUAGGGGUUCUAGUAGAUGAAAAGCUUGACACAAGCCAGCAGUGGGCACUUACAGCCCAGAAGGCCAAGUGCAUCUUGGGCUUCAUCACGAGGUGGCUGACCAGCAGGGCAAAGGAGGAUAUUGUCUCCUUCUGCUCUGCCCUUUUGAGGUCCCACUUGCAGUACUGCAUUCAGCUCUGGGACCCCCCAGAACAAAAGAUUGGAGCUGUUGGAGCAAGUCCAGGGGAGGCUACAUGGAUGAUUAGAGGGCUGGAGUGCCUCUCCUGUGAAGGCAUGCCGAAGGUGGUGGGCUUGUUCCAUCUGGAGAAGAGAAGGCUCUAGGGAAUCCUUAUUGCAGCCUUCUACUAUUUAAAGGGGACCUACAAGAAAGCUGGAGAGGUAUAUGAGGCAACAUAGUGAUAGGACAAGGGGAAGGAACCUUAAACUAAAAGA